CCUCGACGCGCAGCUGUUUCUGAGCCCGCAGCUUUCCACCUAACGAUAUAAUUGUACAAUUUAACCUUUCCUUUCAUCUAAAACAUGGGUUUUGAUACUCCACGGGACACGCUUCUUCCCACGGCUCUCAUAGUCGUUACCGUUCGCUAGCUGAAUGUGUCUGCAUCAUGGAAACGGUUGAUUUGGGGGGCCGAUAGGAGAAAAUGCCCAACAAUAAGGAAGCAGUGCCUUUUGGGGGCAAGCCGAUGGUCUAUUCUAUGCAAUACUCUGCGUGGUACUGUGGCCGCAUUGUGGAAAUUCACGGCGACAUGCUCCGCAUCACCUACCCCGGCUGGACCAGCGAACACGACGAUGAGGUGCACCGGCACAGCGACCGCCUGGACUGCAGCGUGGGAGGCAGGCGCAAGUGGAAGCCCAUAAAGGGCGCCUCGGGCGCAUUCAAGCGUGUGAACCCCACCUGGAUCCCCACAGGGGCCAAGCUGGAUGCCGCGGCGCGGCAGCUCCUGACAGACCCCACGCAGUCGCUGACAGGCGGCAGGGACUCGGAGCUCGCGGCGACAGACACGGAGGUGGCGGGCGGGGCGGCAGCGGGCGCAGAAGCCGACAGCCCGGCGGCCCGCGGCCGCGGGCGCGGGCGCGGGCUGGGCCGCGGCCGGGGGCGAGGCCGGUUGCAGGGGCGAGGUCAGGGUGCCGGGCGCAGCGGCAGUGCGGAGCGGCCGGCAAAGCGGCAGCGCCGGCAGGAGGGGCCUGGCGGCGAGGCGGGCGCAGCGGGUGGCGAGGCCGGCGUCGCCACAGGCGCUGCCAGUGCCGCGCAGGACGUGGAGAUUUUGGACCUGGUGUUGACAUUGGGGGAGGAGGUGGGUGUGGGCGAGGAGCAGGAGGACGAGGGCAAGGAGUCUGAGGAGCAUGAGAGCGAAGACGAGGACGAGCACGAGGAAGAAGACGAGGGAGGGGAGGAGGAGGCGGAGGAGGAGGAGGAGGAGGAGGAGGAGGAGGAGGAGGAGGAGGAGGAGGAGGAGGAGGCGGAGGCGGAGGAGGAGGAAGAAGGGGAGGACGAGGACGAGGAAGAAGGGGACGAUGAGGAAGAGCAGGGGGAGGAGGACGAGGAUGAGGAUGCAGACUCGGACGCGGGCGAGGAGGGCGGGGCCGAGGCGGAGGAGACAGCAGAGGCGGUGCAGGCGCGAGCGUGCGCUGCCGCUAUGGCGGGCGCUGCUGCGAAGGAGCAGCGCCUGCCGCCAGUGGAGCAGCAGCAGGAGCGGGACCAGUCAUCGCUGCAGCCACAGUCACAGCCUGUCAGUGCGCUGCUGCAGCCGCUGGUGGCGGAAGGGGAGGAUGGUGAGGCUGGGGUCGAUGAGGCGGAGCAGCAGGGCGUGGCGGGCCGGCACGUGGCAUCGAACGGGUGGCUGGGAGGGGCAGACGCCGGGUCGGACUCGCUGGGCUCGACGCAGGAGGAGGAGCCGCAGCAGGAAAAGCAGCAGGACGAGGAGCAGGCGGGGGCGUCAGGGUCGGUGGCAGCAGUGGCGACAGCCGUGGAUGCCGCCGCUCCGCCCCAGUCGCAUGUGCAGGCAGAGGAACGGGACACGGACCCGCUCCAGGCGCAGGGGGCGCAGCACCAGGCAGCGAAGGCACAGCAGCAGGCGCCGGCACAGGCAGGCCUGGCGCACGAAGGGCUGCAGGCCGGGCCGCACGCCGUGCCGCUACAGCGGGCUGAGGCUAACGCGGGUAGCACUGCGAGCCCCAGCGUCGCCGGGCCCUCUGCCGCCCAGCCGGUUGAGAGCCCGGUCGGGGCGCCGCUGGGGGAGCUGGCGCGGGGGCUGCAGUCGCACGGGCAGGAGCUGCAGCCGCAGGAGCAACAGCGGGUGCAGCCUGGUCGCCCGCUGUCGUUUGCGAAACGGUUCUCGCAGAUGCUAUCAGAUCCAGAGUUCGUGGCGGGCUUGAGCAGCGCUGGUGUCAAGCCAUGGGUGGCUGCGGCAACGGCAGAGCCGCCGGCUGUGGCGGAUGCGGGGCUGGCGGCGGGGGCUGUGCGCCCACAGCUCGGGCCCCAGGUGGGGGCUGGCACCGACGCCCUGCCGACGGAGUCCGCCGCACGAGCCGCGCCGGCGACCGAGCGGGAGGGCUGCGGUGCCGCGGUUGAGGGGCGGGUGAAGGCGACGGCAGCCGCAGCCGCAGCCAAAGACGCAACCGCAGCCACAGCUGCAGCUGCAGCUGUAGCGCCGGGAGCCGCCGGGGCUGGGGCCCGUAUGGCUGCUGGGAUGCAGGCGGGCGCCGACACAGCAGCGCGGGCUGGGACCGAGCGUGCGCAAGGUGACGAGGCAGUGCCUGGGGGUGCGGGCGCGGACCCGCAGCCGCAGGCGGGCGGGAGCGGCGAGCUGGAGGACGGGGAGGCGGCGGCGGGCGCGGAGGACCCGGGGUCUGGCGGCGCCGGCACCCACGGCCAGGCGGCGGGUGGCCAGGAGCCGCGGCAGGCAGAGGCGGCGGCUGAAGGGCCGGGGAAAGAGGCCGAGGCAGAAGGGGCGGGGGAAGAUGUGGCGGCCGAGGGCGGCGGCAGCGGGGCGCAGGUGGAGCCGGAGGACGCGGGCCAGGCGCAGCCGCUGCAGCCGCUGCAGACGGCGGAGGGUGCCAACGGGGCGGACACCAGUGCGGGGCGUACGGACGUCCAGAUGACGGACGCAGAGGCCCACGAGGGCGCCGCCGCCGCCGCCGCCGCCGCGGACAUGGAUACCGGCACCGGCAUGGGCAUCGGCGUCGGCACAGGGUUGGCAGCUGCUUGUGACGCUUGCGCGGCGGCAGCCGGCAUCGUGCCGUGCGCAGCCGCCACCGCCACUGCCGGCAUUGACGCGGCGGGCGCGGCGGGGCCGCACGGAACGGCCGCGGAAUCGGGGGAGGCGCAGGAAGUCCUGCAGCCAGCCGUCGACCCCGGGGAUAGCGGCGCGCGCAGAGCCGCGUCUGACGAGGCACGCGCUGGCGCCGCGGCGGCGUCGCCCACGGUUCCCACCCCAGAGCCGCCGCCGCCGCCGCUGCCGCAGUCGCAGCACAAGCACCUCCACCAUCCCUGCAUGGGAGCGGAGGCGGAGGUGGCGCCGGCGCAGGGCGCGCUGGACGGAGGGCGGCCGGACCCGCAGCCGAACCCGGGGGCGGGGGACCAGCAGCCGCAGGAGCAGCCACAGCACACCUCGCCAGGCCAGGCCAUCGGCGGCAGCGCCGCCGCAGGCGGCGGCCCGUCGCAGUCGCCGGCGCAGCUGCAGCCGCGCAGCGGCCGGCGCAAGCGCGCGCGGCCGCAGCGGCAGGGGCUGCCUCCGGGUGUGUGCGACCCCGGCGCGGUGGGCAGUGCCAGCGUGCUGCUGCACAUAGACGUGGGGACGGUGCUCGUGCGCAAGGGCGCCGCGCAGGCGGUGGCGGCGGUCAUUGCGGGCAUGAGGGGCGAGGCGGACGGCGGCGGCGGCGCGGCGGCGGCCGCCACGGGUGCUGCGGCCGAUGGGCGAAAUGUGCUGGACGCAGGGGAAGGCGCGGGGCCGCUGGGGCGGCUGGCAAGUGGCGCGGCGCGGUCGGGGAGAGGGGCGCCGGCCGGCGGUGCUGGCGGGGCGCCGGAAGCUGGUGGCGGCGCAGCGGUGGCGGCGGCGGCCGUGGCGGCGGCGGCGGCAGAUGCCGCCGCAGAGAUGCGGGCGCGGCGGCUGCUGGAGAAGGAGUUGGAGAGGGAGCGGCGGGCUCGAGAAGCAGCGGAGGCGCAGGUCGCGGACCUGCAGUCCCGGCUGCAGCAGCAGCAGCAGCAGCAGGGUGCGCAGCUGCUGGGCAUGAGCGCGGCCGCCAGCGCCGCCGCCGCCGCCGCCGCCGGGCCGGCCCAGCGGCCGCCGCCGCACGCCCUGCAAGAGGCGGAGCCGGCACCGCAGCCCCAGCAGGCGCCCGGCUCGCGGUCCCCGGGUGCGGGUGCGGGUGCGGGUGCGGGUGCGCGUGCGGGAGAUGACGUGGAAGCCAACACGCGGCUGGCCACGGACAUGCUGCUGUCGUACGCCAUGAAGCUGCAGGGAGACUGCCUGGCAGCCUCAAGGUCGGCCGCGCUGCUGCGGGCCCAACUAGAGGGCAUAUCGCCCGCGGGCUCCGCCGCCGCAGCCGCAGCCGCCGCGGCAGUGGCUCCUGACGAGUCCGCCGGCGGCGCCGAGGGGGCGGCGGCGGCCGCGGCUACAGCGUGCGCGCUGCGGUCGGAAAACCUGCAGCAGGCCUGCAACGUGCUCGGGUCUCAGCUGGGGUCUCUGCACCGCGGGCUGCUGCAGCUGCGCAAGAGCCAACCUGAAAUGUGGGAGGUGCUGCGGCCGCAUCUGCCGCCGCAGAUACAGCACACCAGCAUGUCGCUGCCGCCCAGCAGUCGCGUCCGGGCGCUGGCCGAGCACCUGGCGGAGCUCAAGUCGCGCGACGUGGGCGUGGCGGCGCUGCACACCCACCUGCAGGCCGCGCGGGAGCUGGCGGCGGAGCGGGCGGCGCUGCUGUCCGCGCCCGCCGAGGCUGCCUUCCUGGCGGUGCUGCCGCACGCGCCGCGCGAGCGCAGCGCCGUGCUGCGCCUCACGCAGCGGCUGGGCGUGGAGCUGCCCGGCGGCUCCAUCCUGGUGCUGCCGGCGGCGGAGGUGCCGCACGAGCUGCUGGCGGCGGCGGAGGAGAUACGCGUGCCGGCAGCGGCGGCGGCGGGCGUGAAUGAGCCGCGUCAGCCACAUGCGCACACGGGUCAGCCGUCGCCACGGCCACCGCGGCAGCAGCCGCAUCCGCAUCAGCAGCAACAGCAACAGCCGCAGCAGCCGCAGCAGCCGCACCCCGGGUCAGCCCCGGAAUUGAGGCGUUUGUCGCCUCCGCCGGCCGCGCAUGACGGCGCCCCAUUUGCAGCUCGGAUGGCCGCGGGGCCGGGGCCGGGGCCGGCGGAAGAUGGCGGCACCGGCCCCGCACCGCCAUUCGCUGCCGCGGGCGGCGGCGGCAUACGGCCCCCGCGUUCCGCGAUGUCGGCGGCAGCGGCGGCGGCGGCGGCGGGGCUGCUGAACGGCGUGGCCGAUGAUGCGGACCUGGCGGCGGCGGUGGCGGCGGCGGCGGCGGCAGCUGAGACGGGGCUUCUGCCGGAGGGCCUCCUGCUGCACAGCGGCCACAGCCCGAGCCCGGGUUCGGGCCUUGGUCCGGGCCUGGGGCCGCCAGGCAUGCACAGGCCUUCAGACGAGCUGGGACACCUGGCGGGUCGCGUCGCCGCCGCAGCAGGCGGUCGCGCGGGCGGCAGCGGUGCGCAGCGCGCGUCUCCGCAACAGCACCAACAGCAGCAGCAACAGCAGCACCACCACCAACAGCAGCAGCAACAGCAGGAGCGGCUGCACCGGGCCUCAGGGGCGGGCGGCAACUGGGCCGACCUACCGCCGGGCUUCUACCGCGCCGGCGCCGGCGCGGGCGCGGGCACCGGCGCCUGGGGGCCAGGCGAGGGCGAGGGUGAGCUCAGCGGCCGAGGGCUCCAGGAACCACACGCAAAGCGUCCGCGCGUGGCGCCGUCGCCUCCGCCGCCGCCGGCGAUGGCUGCUAUGCACGGCCUCCACUGGGACGACACGGACGGUGGCGCGGUGAUGCGCGCGACGCAAGGCCUGUUCGACCAGAUGGCGCAGCGGCGGCAGGCGGUGGAGGAGCAGCAGGUGCGGCAGAGGCAGCAGCAGCAGCAGCAGCAGCAGCAGCAGCAGCAGCAGCUGAGGCAACAGCUGCAGCGCGGCAAGGAGCCGCAGCAGCAGCAGCAGCGGCAGCGGGUGCCGAGCCUGGACCUCAACGCGCGGGGUCCCUCGCUCCUCCACGUCCCGCCAGAGCCGCAGCAACAGCAGCAACAGCGGCUGCAGCUGUCCCGACCCCCAGGUGGCGCCGCCGCCGCCGCCGCGGCGGCAGCGGCGUGGCCGCCGCCACGGCCCGCGCCGCGCGGCCCGCCCGGCCACGACCAUGCCGCAGACUUCGAUGCAGACCUGGACAUCCAGCUCCGCAGCUACGGCGGCGGUGGCAGCGGCCGGGAUGACCUCUUUGUGCCGCCGCCGUUUAUGUGCCAGCCGCAGCUGCAGCCGCAGCCGCCGCAGCCGUCACAGCGGCACCCGCAGGACCCGCUGCCCAGCCGUGGCCUGGGUGCGGGGGCCAGCCCAGCCGGCGGCGCGGCCGGGCAAUGGCUGCAGAACCAGCCGCUGGGUGCGGGGCAUGCCCCCCGCGCGCCGCAGGCGCCAUUGCUGCCGCAGCAGCCCCAGCACCAGCACCAUAACCAGCCGGCUCUGAGGCCGCUAGGCGGUGUCACUGACCUGGGCGGCGCUGCAGGCGCAGGCGCACACGCGGGCCCUGGCGGCAGCGCCUUGGGUGGCGAGCCGGCUCCGCGGGGUCUGGGCGGCAGGCUCAGUGCGAGUGUGGCAGGAGGCGGCGGCGGCGGCGCGGCAGGUAGCGGCGGCGUCUACGGGUCGCCAUCGCCAAUGGCGAGGGCAGCGGCAGCGGCGCGGUCGCCCCUCCGGCCCGCUGUGGACGAGCUGUCGGACACGGACACGCAAGCGCUGCUGCGUCAGCUGGCCCGCGGCGGCGCCGCCGACGGCCUGGCGGCGCGGCUGCCCCGGGACGCGGCCGGGCUGCUGCUACGGCCGCUGGAUGGUCCGCACCAACACUUGGAGGAGCAGCUGCUACAGCCGCCGGUGGCGCGCAGUGCCGCCACAGCGACCGGGGCGCGUGCUGGUGGCGGCGCGCUGCCGCCGCUGGAGCUGCGCUAUGAAUUGCACGGCGGCCGCGGAGGAGCUGGCAGCAGCGGCGGCGGCGUUGAUGGUGGUGGAGGCGGCAUUGGCGGUGUGCAGGCGCGUCAGCAGCAGCAGCAGCUGCACACGCAUAUGCACGGCGCGCCGCCGCCUGCACAGUACUGGCCGCUGAAGCAGCAGCCCGCGGCCGGGGGCCCGCUAACCAAAGAGUACCAUGAUGACGUGCUGUGACCUUAGUGAGUGUUGAGGGCCGGUGCCGUGAGCAGCCGGCGUGUGCCAGGGCAAGGGCGCGAGCGCGUGCAAGCGGUAGGCGAGCGGCUUGGCACUGUCGCAGUGUGUGACCGCAUACACGUGACGAGCCCCGGAGAAGCGGCCGAUGCUGGCAGUGGCUUACGGCGGUGUUGGAAAGCGAACGAAGGAAAGACGAACGAGAACUCUUUGUGUCCACUGCUGUUUGCUGAGGAAAUGCUCUUCUACCGUGGGGGCACGACGAUUGAGCGCUGUCACUGUUUUGGCUUGACGUGUGCGGCUGGGAGCACCUGGCGUGCUGCCGGGUGUGUGGGUUGGAUCCAAAGCGCGGGCAAGUGAUUGCGGAGGUUGGGAAAUGUGAUAGUGCCUGGGUGCAUGCGUGGUCUGUGUCUGUUGCUUGGGAUGAUGAUGAUGACGAUGAUGAUGAUGCAGCAGGUGGCAGGUAGUGGUGGCGGCGGUGGCGCCGCAUGCGCCAGUUCCGGUACUCUUGCAGCAGACGGUAGUAUGCGUGUUUAUAACCAUGUGGGCACACAUCGGGCCCUUAUAAAAUGAACUGGCGUUGGGUGGCGCAUGACAGCGGCGGCGCACCGCGGGUGGCGGAGAGGUUGCCGUGUGAGCUGUUGACAUCGCGAUAUCGCUAUGACAUCGCGAUGGCCUGCGCAAUAAGAACAAGCAUGCACACGAACUCAAUCGGGGCUGUGUGUCGUUAUUGCCUGGAGCGUGGGGGAGGUGCACGGCCACGGCACGGCGCAGCGGGUAGCGGCCACGUGUGUGUGCAGCAUGUGCGUGGCGGCCCGAAUGCAUGGGUGCCGUCCGGGAACCAGCGCGGCUGUGGCUUGGCCCAUGGGUGUACGUAUGGCCGUACUGGGGCUUGUAUCUUCUUGUACAUACCCGUGACGCCGACGCGGGCUGUAAAAGAGUAGAACAGUAGACUUUUAGCUCGUGUGGCGGAUGGGGCCGUAUUCGCGUCUCUUGGCAAAGCGUCCGCUGCUGUGCACCUGUGCCGUGCUGGGCAACGCAUAGCAAUAGCCAUUUGCUGGAGGCUGCAGAUUGUGAUGCGAGUGUGCGGGAUGAAUGCACGCAGCGGCUCCACUAUCCCUCGUUACACACCCUGGUCUGCGCAGAUGUAUAAGCUCUCUGAC